CGGGGGUGAGUGGAGUAGUAUGUACUCGGCGAAAAGAAAGAGAAUACGUGCGUCGUUCUUAAAUUUAGGAAGUGUGUACGCGCGCCUUAGAAUCGAAUUAGAUUUUGCAAGGAUUGAUUCGCUUUUGCGCGUAAUCCUUUUCUAAAUCUCAACAAGCAAGACAAACCAACAUACCUGUGGUGGUGACUGCGCGAGCGAGAGAGUGGUAGCUUACAACGGUGUUGUGUUUUUUGUACAACCGCAAACGUAGGAUACUGUAAGUUACGAGUUUAGAUGCAAUGACUGCAGCCUGCAGUGAACCCAGGACGUGCCGCGGGCGUCUCCACACCGACACCGACACCGAGGACCAACACUCCACGCGUCUGCGCUAGGCUGGGCUCUCCGCUAGGCUCGUCUGCCCCCUCGCCCGCUUCUCUGUGCUGCCAUCUGCCCUCCGUUUGCCACCUGCCUCUGCCACCCUCUGGCCAGGAUGGCCCGGUCAGCCUCCCUUUGGGCUGUCCGCACACUGCUGAUUGUGUUCGGGUGGCAUCAGGCCAAUGCCAUCCCAAGGGUGUCCUUCCCACUUGAUAGCCCUGGUAGAUCAUUAACCCAGUUUACCAGUCUAGAGGUUGGCAACACCACCACCCUGUUGCUGAGCAGCGAUGAGGACACGCUAUUUGUGGGUGCGCGCAAUGCCAUCGUCUCAUUGGACAUCAGUGAGCCCAGGGCUGUUGUGAUGAAGAACAAGUUGGACUGGUCACCAACAGAGAAAGACUUAAAUGACUGUGCAAUGAAAGGCAAGAAAAAGGCUGACUGCCCCAACUUUGUCCGUGUUCUCCAGGUCCUAAACUCCACCCAUAUGUACGCCUGUGGAACCUUUGCCUUCAGCCCGCGCUGCACCUACAUUAACUCUGAGACAUUCUCAUUGGUGCUGGGCCCUACUGGUAAACCUGAGGAGGGUAGAGGUCGUUGUCCUUACGACCCUUACCAGAAAAACACCGCCAUCACCGUGGACGGAGAACUCUACACAGGCACAGUAGCAGACUACCGGGGCAAUCGGCCGGUCAUCUCCCGGCACCUGAGUGAGGGCGGCCAUGUUGACCUGAAGCUGGACGACACUCUUGGCUGGCUGGAGGACCCCACCUUCAUCAGCUCCAGCUACGUGCCCAGUGAAGAGAAGGUGUACUUCUUCUUCAGCGAGGUGGGACGAGAGUACGACUUCAUCGACAAGCUCACAGUGUCCCGCGUCGCACAAGUCUGCACGAGUGACGUGGGUGGACAGCGGACCCUGCAGCGGCGCUGGACCACCUUUGCCAAAGCCCAGCUGCUGUGCCAGUCGCAGGGGGAGCUGCCAUACAACGUGCUGGAGGACAUGUUCACCCUCCAGCCACUAGAGGGAGCUCCUGAGGAGGACACACUCUUCUACGGCAUCUUCAGUUCACAGUGGUCCGUUAACUCCGGGCGCUCAGCUGUGUGUGUGUUCAGCCUCGACGACAUCAAGGCCGUGUUUGCGGGGAACUACAAGGUCUUGAACCGCGACACCCUGAGGUGGAGCACCCGGGUGCAGGAGAAAGUGGCCAACCCUGGCUCAGUGAGUCCACCAAUUAUUAACUUCCUGACCGACGAGGAGAACUUCCUGCCCAGCGGCCAGAGGGUCAGCAUGGUGUCGCCCGACUAUCGCUAUAGCAACAUCGCCGUGCAGAGGGUGCGCGGUGCCAAGGGCAAGAACUACACCGUGCUUUACCUGCUCACAGAAUCGGGCUACCUGCACAAAACGGUUCUGCUGGAGAACGGACCUCACAUCAUAGAGGAGGUGCAGGUGUUCCGCCAGCCUCAGCCAGUCAAGAACCUCCUGCUGUCCUUAUCGAAGGGUUCCUUGUUUGUCGGCUCGUCUGAGGGAGUGACGGAGGUCCCCGUGGCCAACUGUUCGUUCUACUGGAGCUGUGCGGAGUGCGUGCUCGCCCGAGACCCCUUCUGUGGCUGGGAUCCCUCUCUGCGUAUUUGCACGGACAUCACAAGCAUCCAGUCUAACGCGGCCCAGGACGUGGAGAAAGGCAAUGUGCAUGAGAAGUGCAAGCCCCCAGCUCCUAACCCCAGGUCCAGCUUCCCACCUCUUCGCCCCCCCACAGGUGAGCUGGUUCCGGUUUCUCUGAACGAGGUGGUCCGGCUGCAGUGCCCCGAGGCCUCGCGGCUUGCCCGCCGCCACUGGGAGCGGCCCAAUAGCCGCCUGUCGCCGGACCUCUACCUGCAGCAGGACGACGGUAGCCUCCGCUUCUUGGCCACGCCCAUCACACUCGGCCACUACCUGUGCCUGUCGGUGGAGAACGGCUUUCAGCAGGUGCUGGCCGUCUAUCAGGUCAAGCAGAAGAGCAGCAGCAACGGAGGUGGAGCCAGCGGCGGCGUCCCCACGAGCCAACCGGUGAGCGCUGGACCGACGACGACGCAGACCACGCAGGGUCGCCAGCUGCCGGCCACGUCGGCCUGGGGACCGCGGAGGACCGAGGGCAAAGCGGGCCGAGGCCGCCAGCCGCCACCACCGCUCGCGCCCACACUGUCACCGCGGGAGACGGCGGGCGUGACGCCGCGCCAGGAGAGGAACUUCACCUUCUGGCUGAACCCGGUGCUGCAGGCCGAGGCGGACGCGAAGCCGAGGGACCGCCCGCCCACCAAGGGGCAGGCAGGAGGAGAAGACGACGGAGGGGAGCAUCAGCUGCAGACCACCACGGCGUGCUACCUGCAGGAGCUGGUGGUGGUGUCGGUGCUGCUGGUGCUGAGCGUGAGCGUGCUGCUGACCUUUGGCCUCUACGGCAUGAGGCAACGCUGCCACAGCCGGACCGCGCCCCAGGGCUGCUCGUCGCGGCGCGACGCCGAGAGAGGGGGGGCCGGCAGCAACGGAAACGCGGCCGGGGGGGCGGCCUCCACGCCGCAGGAGAGGGAGUCCCUGAGGGCGUCGCCGCGGGAGACGAAACGCAACGGGCAGGCGCAAAACGGCCAGGCGCAAAACGGCGGGAAGACCCUGUGCAACGGCGUGACCAACGGUUCCAACGGGCACCUUCCCAACACGCCCAUAUGAGGGCGCCGUGGAGCACAACAUCCCAUCCCUCAGUACUUUAGUUAGUACCUCCCCUGCACCCCUAGCACACGAUGGAACCUCAUGUACGGAACAUUGCACUGAGCCACAGAAAGACCAACCCCCA